CACACUCGCACGUGACCUUCAAACUGCGGCUCUGAACAAAUACCUACAACUUUUUUGAAUGAGAUCAACCGACGGUAGACCUUGUCUGUUCACGACGAAGAAGGUUACCGGUCACAUCGCCAGCAGCAGGCGACUCUACCCACGUGGCUCUUGCACAAAAAAUCGCAUCACUGGCUCCGCAGCGGCAAUUCUACACUCCACGAUCUGCGUCGCUUUUCGCAGUAGUCCAUGGAUUUAAUAUUGCAGCAUGUCAGUCACACUCCAUACCACUCACGGUGACCUUAAGGUCGAGAUCUUCUGCGAAUCUGUGCCUAAGACGGCCGAGAAUUUCCUGGCUCUAUGUGCCUCAGGAGCCUAUGAUGGGACACCUUUCCACCGCCUCAUACCUGACUUUAUGAUUCAAGGAGGGGAUACUUCACUCUCGUCUCGCGCCACUGCUGGUAAUUCAGUAACAAAGGGAGGAACAUCGAUCUGGGGAGAAUAUAUCGAGGACGAAAUCAAGGUUCCUGCUCUGCGGCAUAGCGGACGGGGCAUGGUCUCCAUGGCAAACAAAGGGCCUCAAACGAACGGCAGCCAGUUUUUCAUUACACUCAAGGAGGCGCCGCACCUGGAUGGCAAGAACACAGUCUUUGGACGAGUCAUUGACGGUGCUGAAGAGGGGUCCACUCUUGAGAAAAUGGAGAGUGUUGAGGUUGACAAGAAAGAUCGACCGAAGAGUGAGAAGAUUGUUCUCGAACGAGUCACGAUACAUGCGAAUCCGCUGGCCGGCUAGGAAUGACAAUGAGGCGAUGGAGCCAACCGACGAGGUAUAGUGCCAUGUCGGAUACUCAAGCAGGACAAGACACGAUUGGUCCUUCCACAGACAUACUUCCAGGCAGUUCGAUUUUCAGUAUUGAGCAAGACGUUAAGGCACCAAAGACAUCAUGCCUUCGGGGGUAUACGACGCACAGAAGUGGCAUCACAACGAUUACGCCACAACACGCUGGGAAGCGCGUGCUAGGGCCGCAAAAUAAGGCG